AUGGCUCAAGCAGAAGCAACCAAAGAGCCUACCAAGCUGAUUCUAUGCUUUGAUGGUACUGGCAACUCUUUCAGCGGAUCCAAUGCUGACACCAAUGUUGUCAAGAUCCUGAGAAUGCUGGACAGGACUCAUCCUAAUCAGUAUCAUUACUAUCAGACGGGCAUUGGCACAUAUGAUAUCAAUGAAACAUCUGUAAACAAGACAUGGCUGGGUGAGAUACGGAGUUUUGUUUCGCAGACCAUUGAUCAAGGGUUUGCUACGACAUUCGACGCACAUGUCAUGGCAGGUUACCGAUUUUUGAUGCGGUACUAUGAAUCUGGUGCCAAGAUCUACAUGUUUGGCUUCAGCCGAGGUGCCUAUACUGCCAAAUUCCUAGCACGCAUGAUCAACACCGUCGGCCUUCUAUGCAAAGGAAAUGAGGAAAUGGUUCCAUUCGCAUACCUUCUCUACCAGCGCUAUUUAUCUGGGAAACUCAAUGAUCGCAUAGCCGAGCAAAAAGAACUGUUUGACAAGGCCAGCAUAAUUGGGAGGGCCGUAAAAAGUGUGCCGGACAUCACCAAAAAUUUACCCUUCUCAAUGGAACAAGUGGCGAAUACGUUGACAGCGGAGCAACUCCAAAAUGCUCUCUCACAGGCCACAACAAGCAACUCAAUCGACAAAGUUAAGUUAGCAGUAGCAAAGGCCAUGAGGCCGGACAAACUCAAGAAUACCAUCUCCGACAACCUUACUAGAGCUAUGCAAGCCGCGACAACGGAUCAACCCGCUAACAGUGCCACGCAAGGGAGGCCUGUGGGUAUAAUGGAUGUUGACAAACUUGAGCAAGAUCGGCUUGAAGAAGAGAGCCGGCAGUCGAAGGAAGAUGUCAACGAGGCCCUAGACGAACUACGAGCCUUUAGUGAAACAUUUUGUCGAGAAGAGACAGAUGAGGACGGCAAGGGAAGAAACAUCAAGGUGUACUUCCUGGGCAUUUGGGACUGUGUGAGCUCCGUCGCCGUUUUGGAACAGAAAGCUCCCAUCCCAGUGGAAGUCAUUGGCACGGCGCGUAUUGUCCGACACGCUGUGGCAGUUGAUGAGCGUCGAGUCAAGUUCAAGGCGGCUCUUCUAGCCCAGGAUAUCAAGGACACGAAGAAUACUAAGGCAGAAGAUAUCAAGGAGGUCUGGUUCCCGGGCUGUCACGGCGAUGUGGGCGGCGGAUGGCCUGCUUGUCAAGACGGGAUGUCCACUGCCGACGACAACCAAACGUUUUGGCAGCACCUGACCCAGAGCAUUCAGAACUUUUUGAGAUCUUCGAAGCCUCAGGGACCCAGCCACGACGUUGGCGCGGAUGAGUUCCAGAUGAGCGACGUGCCACUGGCAUGGAUGAUCCACGAGCUCGAGCUUGUGGGCCAAGCAAAACCAUCUGCUUCCGUGAAGUGGAAUAUCAAUAGAGACACCUUCCAUGAGAGAUUCGACGAGUGGUACAAGAACAAGAAGCUCGCCUUUGGCGGUUUUGUGCAUGACUCGCUCUCGUACGGAUAUGGCACGGGUUUCGCCAAGGUGCUGCUUUGGAAGUUUAUGGAGUAUUUACCAGUAGCAACACUCCUAGCCCCAGUAACAGAGCUCUACGCCGUGGCUUGCAUCUUCUCACCACGCCCAGUUCAACAUGACAUACACGGAGACAACGACGGCUGGGAUAAUGUGACAUGCAUAAAUCACCGGGAGUUAUCCCCAAAUAUUGGGCCGGGGUGGGAUCUUCAAGUUACGAGGGAGACCUUGGAAUGUUGA